AUGUCCUCCUUCUUCGAUAAGUUGAAGGUGUCCAAAAGCGAAGGCAUGUCUGGCAUGGGAGCUGAUCAGGGCGCUUUGAGAGACAAACUCGAGGCGUCAGAUCCCCAGUAUUUCAGCCCCCAGAAUGGGGAUGCGCCAGCAACAGAUGCUCAUGACGAACUGGGCAGUGGCAAAGGCCAAGAGCUAGACCGGGCUCCCAAUACCUUUGGAGGGCCGUCCUUUGGUCGAACCAGCGCCAUCCAGAGACACAAGUCUGAAGCAUGGAACAAGGUGGACCCUAGGGUUGGGUAUGAUGCAGACGAAAUCCGAAAGGAGGAGCUGAAGCGUUAUGAGUCAAAAUAUGGCAAGCCCUCUGGUGAUGUCUCCGAUGCACAUAUGCGUGGAACCGGCAUGGCGGGUAUGACGUAG